AUGGAAGCUAAGCAAGAAUUUCAAUCUGUUGAUAAAGUGCUUUAUGGUAUAACCAAAACAAACAUUUUAAUGGUUGAUCUUGAUGAAGCGCUUUAUGAUGAAAUCUACACAAACGAUUUAAUGAUUGAUGUUCAUCAUGAGCUUUACGAUGGAAGCGAAACAAGAAUUUCAAUCGUUGAUGCUGAUAAAGCGUUGAAUGAUGGAAGCUAA